AAUGGUCAUGCCACCAUAUAUUCAUACAACAGAGCCAUAGAUAAUCUCAUAAAAUGUGGGUCUUUGGACUCUGCCCUUCAACUGUUCGGUGAAAUGCCCGAAUGUGAUGUCAUCUCCUGGAACACUGUAAUUUCUGGGCUAAACCGAUCUGGGUUUCCCAGAAAAUCUCUCUACUUCUACAAAAGUAUGGUCUCCCAAGGAAUAACUGAGAACUCUUCCACAUUCUCAUCUGUUUUGAGUAUAUGUAACAAUGCAGGUUUUUACAGAAAAGGGUUUGAGAUACAAUGUAGAGUGAUAGUCUUUGGUUUGGAUAUGAACAUAUACAUUGUUAGUGCUCUUGUUGAUCUGUAUAUGAAAGUGGGUCUCAUAGAAUUUGCAUUGAAACUGUUUUAUGGCUUGCCUGAAAGGAAUUUAACAUUGUGGAAUAUUGUUUUGCGUGGAAUUUGUGAUUUAGGAAGGUCAAAGGAGUUAUUAAGAUUGUACACUGACAUGAAAUUGGCAGGUGUUGAGCCUAAUGGACUUAGUUUUUGUUAUUUACUAAGUGGUUGUGGUAGUGGGAGACUUCUUCUUGAAGGAAGGCAAAUACAUUGUUUUGUGUUGAAGAAUGGGUGGUUAGUAACAAAUCUGUUUUUAGCCAAUGGUUUGGUUGAUUUUUACUCUGCUUGUGGGGUUCUAAGUGAUGCCAGGAAAUCAUUUGAAGGUAUUCCACCUGAAGAUGUGAUAUCAUGGAGUUCAAUGGUUUCUGUGUAUGCUGCCAAUGGACUUUUGCAGGAUGCUUUGAAAGUGUUUGAAAAGAUGCAAUCUUGGGGGAAGAGGCCGUCGGCUCAAUCUUUCUUGGGACUGUUAAGUUUAUCGAGUGCGAGAAAAGAAUUGCUGCUUGGAGAGCAAAUUCAUUGCUUUGUCCUAAAAUUGGGAUUUGAUUAUGGAAAUGUUGUUAUUCAGUCUGCUUUGAUUAACAUGUAUGGGAAAUGUGGGCACGUUGAGAGUUUGGUGUCAUUAUUCGAGAAUGCCCCCGAGGCAUCUCUUGAGAGUUGUAACUCGUUGAUGACGUCUUUGCUGCAUUGCAACGUUAUAGAAGACGUAUUAGAACUGUUCGGUUUUAUGGUUGACGAAAGUAUUGGAUUUGACGAAGUGAGUUUGUCCUCGACGCUAAAGGCAUUAUCAUUGUCGGCCUCAGUGAGCUUGAAUAGCUGUGCUUUGUUGCAUUGCUGUGCAAUAAAGGUCGGGUUUGAAUAUAACAUUGUGGUUUCAUGUUCCCUGAUCGAUGCUUAUUCAAAAUCCGGUCACAUUGAACACUCUGAUCAGAUCUUCAUAGAGCUUCCUUCACCUAAUGCCAUCUGUUUCACCGCUAUGAUCAAUGCAUACGCAAGGCUAGGAAAGGGAACCGAGGCCCUCGAGAUGUUCGGAGCUAUGAUCCAACAAGGCCUAAAGCCCGACGAGGUAACAUUUCUGUGUGUAUUGAUGGGGUGCAGCCACUCCGGUAUGGUGGAAGAGGCAAGAACAGUGUUCGAUUCAAUGAGAACACAUCACGGGAUCAACCCUGACAGGCGACAUUAUUCAUGUAUGGUGGACCUUCUCGGGCGCCGAGGUUUGGUGAGUGAGGCCGAAGAGUUGAUGAACUGUGCUGCAACAGUUGAGGGAGAUGCUGUGAUGUGGAGCUCGUUGUUACGGAGUUGUCGAACUCAUAAAAAUGAGCAAGUGGGAAGGAGAGUUGCAGAGAAAUUGAUGAAGCUUGAAGCAGAGGAGGCUGCUGUUUGGUUGCAAGUUUCAAACUUUUACUGUGAAAUUGGGGAUUUUGAUACCUCAGUGCAGAUUAGAGAGGUUGCAAUGGCAAGGAAGAUGAGUAGGGAAAUAGGGUACAGUUUAGUUCACAAUAAAGUAGUCUAAAUGGCAAAUUAUUGUCUGAACCAUGAUCUAACACAG